GGGAGGGAGACUCAAAAACCCAUCUAUCCUACACAGGACACAAACAUGCCAGCAUGUUACCCUACACUUAUCCUUACCAUUCUCCUGAAAUUCUCAACCACUUACAGUACCACAGAGUGGACAUCUUGGUUUAACAUAGACCACCCAGGAGGGGAAGGAGAUUAUGAAACAGUACAGGCUAUUCGCUUCUAUUAUAAAGAUCGCUUGUGUUCUCGACCUAUUGCCCUUGAAGCCAGAACGACAGAUUGGGCAACUCCUGAACAAACAAAGGAGGUUGUACACUCUAAUCCAGAAAAGGGGUUCUGGUGCAUUAACAAAGAGCAGCCCAAAGACCAGAGGUGUUCAAACUACCAUGUUAGAUUUCAGUGUCCACUGGAUCUUCUUUACUGGUCUCAUUGGUCACCAUGGAGUUCGUGUUCCCAGACCAGCUGUGGCUCCAGAGGGAUUCAGGUCAGGCAUCGUUCUUGCAUCUAUACUCAGCCUUUGGGUAUUUUGAGUCUGAAAAGGUGUGUGGGGGAAGCUACGGAGAGGAGAGUCUGCAACUCCAGCCCCUGUGUAGAAGGGAAGUGGUCACCCUGGGGAUUGUGGACCCCUUGUACAAAGACAUGUGGAAUGGGAAGAAGCAUCAGACGCCGGACCUGCAAUAGCAAGGACAUUUCCUGUGUUGGAAAGUCGUUCCAAGUUCAAAAGUGUCAGAAGUCUCCAUGCAAUGCCUGCAGUGGGUGUACUUGUGCCAUUCACACACUAGUGGGGAAGGUCCACACUAGCCAAGGAUCUGUCAUUAAAAAUGCCAAGGUGUUCCUCACAGACAAGCUGCUGGGAAGUACUGACCUACAUGGCCACUUCAGAGUAAUUGGACUAUGCAAAGAAGAUACUUUCAACAUCACUGUGGCAAAGGAUGGUUUCUCUUCUGAAACCUUGCAGACCCUGACAAACGGCACUGGAAUGUCAUAUUUUGAGACUAUUUUAAAGAGGAAAGGAAAGCCAUAUAUUGUACAGCAUCCUUACUCCAAGAUCCGAAGGGUAGGACACAAGGUUACUCUGUGCUGCGAAGCUACUGGAAACCCACCACCCACUAAAUAUUACUGGUACCACAAUGGCACAUUACUUGACAAACAUACAUUCAAGUAUGAACAGAGUUUAACACUUCGUAAUAUUACAGCGGCCCAGGCUGGGGAAUACCAGUGCAAGGCUAGCAAUGGACUAGGAGUUAUCAAGUCCUCAAUAUCCCAACUGACUGUCAUAGGGAAAGGUGAAGCUGGCUGUAACAAAUCCCCACUGGAACAUCUUGUUAAACUCCCUGUUGAUUGCUAUCAAAAAAGAUCUGGUUCUAGCUACUACAACGUAGGCAAGUGCCCAAAUACACAGUGUGUUGGGCAAAUGACUUCAGACUUGCUAUGCAAAGAUAAAGUAGACUAUUGUUGCGGGGUAAAACGAAUGAAGUUACAAGAAGUAAAGUGUCCUGGAUACAUACUACCAAUUAUGGUGGUGGUGGAGUGUGGUUGUGCCCAGUGCAUUCAACCUAAAGUUUUGAUAAGAGGAAGGGUGACCUCAUAUGACAGCGGGGAGCCCCUGCGUUUCGGACAAAUCAUUGUGAGUGGUAAAAACAUGGGCUUCACAGGAUUUAAGGGUGAAUUUACCCUAGAAGUGCCAAAAGGAACAAAAAGGCUGGUGGUUACUUUUGUGGAUCCCAAAGAUAGAUUCUUGGAAACAAUCAAAGUUUUUCCAUUUGAUCCAAAAGGUAGCACUGUGUUUCAAGAUGUCAAGGUAAUGAGAAGACAAGAGCCAGUUGAUCUUGACCCUACAGUAACAAAUGUAAUUUCUCUUGGGGCAUCAGGGGAAGAGGAUCCAAUGGGAGAGUUAGUCAUCCCACCAAAUUCUUUCACCAAAAACAAUGGAGAAGUCUAUUUGGGAACCGUCAAGGCCAGUGUGACCUUUCUGGAUCCAAGGAAUUUGAGCACUGCCUUUGCUGCUUCCAGUGACCUAAAUUUUGUCAACAGGGAUGGGGAUAUUUCCCCACUCAGGACUUAUGGCAUGUUUGCUGUUGACUUCAGAGAGGAUACUACACAUUCAUUGCUACAGACUGGGAAAGUGGAGGUGCGGCUCAAUACAGAGCAAGUUAAGAUGCUCCAGCAUCUUGAGAAAAUGAAACUUUGGUCUUUGAACCAAGAGACUGGAAUUUGGGAAGAAGAAAGCAAUUUACAGAUGGUUAAGGGUGGAAGGAGGGGAAAAAGAGAAGAGAGGUCAUUUCUAAUUGGACAGCUGGAGAUACGAGAAAGACGCCUAUUCAAUCUGGAUGUUCCAGAAUUCCGGAGGUGUUUUGUAAAGGUUCGAGCCUAUAUGAAUGAGAAGUUCAUACCUAAUGAACAGCUGGAGGGGGUAGUGGUGACCCUCAUAAAUCUAGAACCCAUGCCAGGAUUCCCAUCAAAUCCAAGAGCUUGGGGUCGAUUUGAUAGUGUAAUCACAGGAAGAAAUGGAGCAUGUCUACCAGCUUUCUGUGAUGCUCAACAGCCAGAUGCCUACACUGCCUAUGUUACUGCCACAAUGGGGGGAGAAGAGUUAGAAGCUGCUCCAUCAUCUCCCAAACUGAACCCAAAUAUUGUUGGUGUAUCUCAACCCUACUUGAAUAAGCUGGGUUACCAGCGGACUGACCAUGAUGACCCUGCUGGUAAAAAGACAGCCUUCAAAGUUAACCUUGCCAAACCAAACCCAAACAGUUUUGAUGAGAACCAUGGCCCAAUAUAUGUCUAUCAAAAUUUGCGUGGAUGUGAGGAAGCACCAGAUUCAGAUAAUCACUUUAGAUUCUACCGGGUAGAAGUAGACAAAUAUGAGUAUAAUGUUGUUCCUUUUGAUGAGACAGACUUGACUUCAUGGAUUGGUGGGUACUUAUCUUGGUGGCCUAACCCACAAGAGUUUCGGGCCUGUUACAUAAAAGUGAGGAUCCACGGUCCACAGGAGUACAUGGUUCGCUCUAGGAAUAUUGGAGGGAGUAACUCAAGGACUAUAGGGCAGCUUUAUGGUUUAAGAGAUACCCGUAGUGUUAGAGGCAUGGAUGUGCAUAGCACAUCUGCAGCCUGUGUGGAAUUCAAGUGCAGUGGAAUGCUUUAUGACCAGAGUUUAGUAGAUCGAACCCAGGUUGUGGUGACUCCUCAAGGUAGCUGUCGUAUUGUGGAAGUGAACAGGCUUCUGGAAGAAUAUCUUGCACGCCACCCUCCUUUGGCUUUAGGAAAUGACACUGGUGAAUUCAGUAUGUUGGCUCCUUUUGACCCUUUAGGUCAUAACUACGGAAUUUAUACUGUGACAGAUCAGAACCCACGAUUGGCCAAAGAAAUUGCUAUCGGACGCUGUUUUGAUGGCACUUCUGAUGGCUUCUCCAGAGAAAUGAAGUCUCAAAGUGGAGUAGCAUUAACAUUCCGAUGCCAAGAGAAGGCCAUAACACAUGAAAGUUUUUUCCAGCGUUUGCUUAACAAUCCAGGACAAGCCCUUCGUGAGAUCAGGCAAGAAAUGCGUGAGAACGAACAGCAAGCAGCACCUGCACAAAGAGUGCCGUAUCCUGGGACUGGCAUUGUCAGCCUAAUUAGAAGGCCCUCUGUCUCUCAGAGAGGAAUGGGGCAAUCUCAAAACAAGUAAUUUCAAAGAAAAGGCGAGAAAUGGUAAAGCUUUGUUGUAGCAAGCACUAUUGCAGUCUGAGGCUCACAUGUAAAAGCACAAUAUUGUGUCCACGGAAAUAUUGCAUUAUCAUAAAAUUAUCUUGUAGAACUAUCAGAUCAGAAGUGUGAAACUGUCGACUAUGAUAGUUGUAUGUAUAAAUAAUGGAAUGGACAAUCAACAAGAGCUCAUGGCCUGACCAUAUUUCAUGGGGAAACAUUAUUCAAUGGUAGCACCGUUAU